GCCACAGGCUGCUGGGGACAAGGGCCGGACACUCUGGCCAUGGCUCUGGGCCAUUGAUCUGCAGGGCCGCUGGGUGGGGGCGGGGAGACUUUGUCCUGGACAAACAGGCUCUGAGGCCUGCUCACAGGCCCAGCACCCACCUGCCACUCCCAGAGGAUGCCACUGGCCGAAGCCUCGCAGGCAGCUAGUGGGCCGGGUGAUGGCGGUGACGGUGAAGAGGCUGAGCCGGAGGGGAUGUUCAAAGGCCCCAAGGAGCCCAGGAGGAAGGCCCGGGACUACCUGCGCCUGGCACCCCUGUGGCUGGCCCUGGUCACACUGGCUGCCGUGGGGGUGCUGCUCUGGUAUUUCCUAGGUAACUGUGUGCGUACCUGGGGAGGGGGCACCCAUGCAGAAUUUGCCGUGCCAGCAGGGUGGCCUCGGAAGCAGAGGAGGCAGGGGCCUGUCCCUCUCCCUGCAGGCUGCUACCGCUACAGCUACGUAGGGCAGGGCCAGGCUCUCAGGCUGAAGGGCCCCGACCACCUGGCCUCCAGCUGCCUGUGGCACCUGCAGGGCCCCGACGACCUCAUGCUCAAACUCCGACUCGAGUGGACACGGCCUGACUGCCGGGACCGCCUGGCCAUGUACGACGUGGCUGGGCCCCUGGAGAGGAGGCUCAUCACCUCGGUCUACGGCUGCAGCCGCCAGGAACCUGUGGUGGAGGUGCUGGCGUCAGGCUCCGUCAUGGCGGUGGUCUGGAAGAAGGGUCUGCACAGCUACUAUGACCCUUUCACGCUGUCUGUGCAGCCUGUGGCCUUCCAAGCCUGUGAGGUGAACUUGACGUUGGAGGGCCGGCUGGAACCGCAAGGUGUCCUCAGCACACCAUACUUCCCCAGCUACUACUCGCCCAGCACCCACUGCUCCUGGCACCUCACGGUCCCCUCCUUGGACUAUGGCUUGGCUCUCUGGUUUGACGCAUAUGCACUGCGGAGGCAAAAGUAUGAUCUACCUUGUACCCAGGGCCAGUGGACCAUCCAGAACCGGAGGCUCUGUGGCCUGCGCACCCUGCAGCCCUAUGCUGAGAGGAUCCCCGUGGUGGCCACGGCCGGCAUCACCAUCAACUUCACCUCCCAGAUCUCGCUCACUGGGCCCGGCGUGCAGGUGCACUACAGCCUGUACAACCAGUCAGAUCCUUGCCCAGAAGAGUUCCUCUGCUCUGUGAAUGGACUGUGUGUGCCCAUCUGUGAUGGAGUCAAGGACUGUCCCAAUGGCUUGGACGAGAGGAACUGUGUUUGCAGGGCCACAUUCCAGUGCCAAGAGGACAGCACUUGCAUCCCACUGUCCAGAGUCUGUGACCAGCAGCCUGACUGUCUCAAUGGCAGUGAUGAAGACCAGUGUCAGGAAGGGGUGCCCUGUGGGACUUUCACCUUCCAGUGUGAGGACCACAGCUGUGUGAAGAAGCCCAACCCACAGUGUGACGGCAGGCUGGACUGCAGGGACGGUUCAGACGAGCAGCACUGUGACUGUGGUCUCCAGGGUCCCUCUGGCCGCAUUGUGGGUGGGGCCGUGUCCUCCGAGGGGGAGUGGCCAUGGCAGGCCAGCCUGCAGGUUCGAGGCCGGCACAUCUGCGGGGGUGCUCUCAUCGCUGACCGCUGGGUCAUCACAGCGGCCCACUGCUUCCAGGAGGAGAGCAUGGCCUCCCCAGCGCUGUGGACAGUGUUUCUGGGCAAGGUGUGGCAGAGCUCGCGCUGGCCAGGCGAAGUAUCCUUCAAGGUGAGCCGCAUGCUGCUGCACCCGUACCACGAGGAGGACAGCCACGACUAUGACGUGGCACUGCUGCAGCUCGACCACCCUGUGGUGCGCUCAGCCACCGUGCGCCCCAUCUGCCUGCCUGCGCGCUCCCACUUCUUCCAGCCCGGCCUGCACUGCUGGAUUACCGGCUGGGGAGCCCAGCGAGAGGGCGGUCCCACCAGCAAUGGCUUGCAGAAGGCAGAUGUGCAGCUGGUGGAACAGGACUUGUGCAGUGAGGCCUACCGCUACCAGGUGACCCCGCGCAUGCUCUGUGCUGGCUAUAGCAAGGGCAGGAAGGACGCCUGCCAGGGUGACUCCGGUGGCCCUCUGGUGUGCAAGGAGCCCAGUGGCCGUUGGUUCCUGGCUGGGCUGGUCAGCUGGGGCCUGGGCUGCGGUCGGCCCAACUACUUUGGUGUCUACACGCGCAUCACUGGUGUGAUUAGCUGGAUCCAGCAGGUGCUGACCUGAGGAGCUGCUCCUGGACCCCAAGAGAUCCCAGGGCCUCCGCCCUGGAGGGAGCAAGUAUUUCGGGGGUGACAGGGCGCGUGGAGGAAGGAGAGCCGGGAGCUGGUGGUGAAGACUUGCUUCCAGGAUGCCUCUGAAUUCUCUCUCCUGUGCACUCUUCCUCCACUGCUGACUUGAGAAGGUGACAGUUCCGCAGCCACCAUGUAGCUUUCAGUUCUCAGCAUUGGUGCCUGUGACCCUCACCCAGAGUUCAGCCCAAGAAGCCCGAGCCUAACUCGACUGGACAGGCAAGGUGGUCCUCAGAGGUGCCUCAUGACCCCCAAACAGCCAACGGGCCAGCUGCCAGCAUAGCCAAAGGGCAGGUGAGCCCUGAGUGGAGGGUCCUUGCCCCUGCCCCGGGCCCCCUCCGCCCACCCUCACCUGCAGUGAGCCCCACUGCCCCAUGGAAUAAAAGCAUCUGAACCAAG